AUGGUUCCUCACACUGAGAACAAGGUUCCUCACUUUGAGAACAAGGUUGCUAACUCUGAGGACAAAGUUCCUCACUCUGAGGACAAGGUUCCUCACACUGAAGAUAGUGUCCUCACUCUGAGGACAAUGUUGCUCACUCUGCGGACAAGGUUCCUUCCUCUGAAGGCAGGUUCCUCAGACUGAGGACAAGGUUCCUCUCUCUGAGGAGAAGGUUCCUCACUCUGAGGAAAAGGUUCCUCACUCUGAGGACAAUGUUCUUCACUCCGAGGACAAGGUUCCUCGCUCUGAGGACAAGGUUCCUCACUCUGGAGGCAGGUUCCUCACACUGAAGACAAGGUUCCUCAAUCUGAGGAUAAAAGUCCUCACUCUGAGCUUCCUCACACUGAGGACAAGGUUCCUCACUCUGAGGAAAACGUUCCUCACACUGAGGACAAGCCUACGAGGACAAGGCUCCUCACUCUGAGGACAAAGUUGCUCACUCUGAGGAGAAGGUUCCCCACUCUGAGGACAAGGCUCCUCAACUGAGGAGAAAGUUCCUCAUUCUGACGACAAGGUUGCUCACUCUGAGGACAAGGUUCCUCACUCUGAGGCCAAAGUUCCUCACUCUGAGGACAAGGUGCCUCACUCUGGGGACGAGGUUCCUCACACUGAGGACAAGAUUCCUCACUCUGAGAACAAGGUUCCUCAGACUGAGGAACCAAGCAAGAGGAAAACGGUUAAUGUGAAUUAG